AUGAACAACUCCACUCCCGCCUUCUCCCAGGUGGCGUUCAGGGACGUCCCGCACUCGUACCUGCCAGCAACCUCCAUUAGCUGCUGCUACACUCUGGCUGCUCACUUUCUGCCCAGACCACGUGAUUGGGUGGGCAUCUUUAAGGUGGGGUGGAGCACAACCAAGGACUAUCACACCUUUGUAUGGGUGGAGUCUUGCGGGAACUCUAGCCAAGAACAGUCAUCGAUUAGAUAUGCCUAUUUUAAGGAUUACUACCUGCCAAAGGACGAAUUGGACUUUUACCAGUUCUGCUACGUGGACAGCUCAGGUCAAGUUUGCGGUGCAAGCACACCGUUUUGCUUCAAAGCGCCAGACAACGAAGACGGGCAAAGUGCAGCAAACGGCUGUGACAACGACCUGCUGUACAUUACUACACAGGAACAAGUGGAGGAAAGUGAUCGAGAGAAAGCAACGCUGAGGGAGGAGGUGUCUCGCAUCCGACAGCAAAAUGAAGAGUUGGAAAAAAACUUGCUGGAAGAGAGACGUGAAAUUGGUUUCUUGAAGGAAAAACAAGAUGAACUCGUGUCAGAACUUCGUCAGAUGAAGGAGAAGAACGAGAGUCUUCUGCGCACUAUGCAGGAGCAACAAGAAGAAAUCCAGCGCUUGAAAGAAGAGAUGUUGAUCCACAUGACCAAUCAGGUGGAACUCCAGGAACAGAAUCUUGCUGAGAGCACACCGUCUAUCCCAAAUUCAAGCGAUGAGAACGGACUACUCCUACCUUCUGAGCUGCAACUUAGGGAAGCUCACUUUGUGAUCGCCAACAAAGAUGCCAUCAUCGAGGAGAAUAAGAACUAUACAUCUAUGCUGAAACGCCACAAUGAGGAGCUUGUUCACGAGAACCAAGAGCUCUCAUAUAAGAUUGAGGAGCUAUGCCAAACUUUGCAUGACUUUGAAACAUCUACGGCCACCCACCCAGAGCACCAAGAGGCCACUGCGACACACAACAGUGGCACAACCCAGCCGGACACACUAGUAGAGACACAUGACUCGUCGUAUGACAGCACAGGUCAGUUGAACAUUGAAGAAGAAGAGGAUGAUCAGCCGGUACUUAUGUGCUGCUACUGCCUUGAGCGCUUCCCGGGAAGUACGCGGGCGGAGGUGGAACAUCACGAGCGCAAUCACCAAGUGUGUCCCUUCUGCACGCUCAUCUGCGACGACAUGGAGCAGCCCAUCUUCGAAGACCAUGUCUACAGUCACGAGAUGUGA